AUGGAAGAUGAAUCAAAUUCGCCAAGUGACUACCGGGCUCUCGUUCGAAAACUAGGUCAAAGUCAAAGUCAUAAACUACAGCAUCUUGAUCGCCUAUUACCAGAGGAAUGCCAGAACAAGCUUAAACUCCCCAGCCGGAUGUUGAAUGAGCGAAUUGAAUACCUCUUGAGUAAUGUUGAACACGCAAGGGUGUGGGAAGGCGUAAAAGAGCGGAUGGAAACACAGCAAACAGUCCUUUUCAACCUCAUUGCCCAAUCAGAUAACCUUGUCAAUAUCAGUCUCGCAAAAGACUCCAAAGAAAUGGCCGUUGCAAGUAAACAAGAUAGCUCUGCUAUGAAAAUCAUAGCUCUGCUCACUACCUUUUUCUUACCAGGUACCUUCAUUGCGUCAUUCUUCGCAAUGCCUCUAUUUGACUGGUCCGAGCCUUCACUCAACCAUGUUACAACUCGUCACUUUUGGGUCUUUUGGGCUGUAACUGGCCCUGUCACAUUAGCUACUAUGGCAGGUGUUAUUGCCUGGGCACUCUGGAACAACCGUCGUGUUGAACUCCUGCAGUCUCGUGCAAGGGAGAGUGUGGGUACCAAGUCUCAAGGAGACAAUGGCCAGGACACAGACAAGGAACAAUCGACUGGAAAUGAUUCAAAUGAAGGAGGGAUCACAAACGAAGAUCAAGCACCGAAAAGUGGGACAGAUGGGGUGCGAAAUCUCAAAAAGUAUUCUCUGUUGGGCAUACUUAGUCGCCGACGCCGCCGUUCCGGUUCCACCAAAGCCGAGCCGUAGAUAUUCGAGGUCUCUCAGCGUUGUCAAUAAAGCGACUGGCAUUCAG